UAUGGAUUCCAUCAAAUUGGUAGAGGGCUUUGCUGCUUUCCUUGCCCUUUUCUUCAUAUACCAUAUUUGGCCAAAGAAGCGGCAGGCAGAAACAAGGCACCGACCACCCCAGCCUGGCGGUGCUUGGCCGGUAGUUGGCCACCUCGGCCUACUAAGCGGAACCACUCCUCUCCAUAGAACCUUGGCUGCUCUAUCAGAGAAGCACGGCGCUCUUUUUACCCUUCAACUAGGUCGAAUGCGUGUUGCAGUACUGAGCAGCGCAGAUUUAGCCAAGGAGUGCUUCAUUACAAACGACCGAGCCUUUGCUGGUCGGCCCCCACUACAGGGCUCAAAAUGCCUCGGUUACGACCAUGCCAUGUUCGGCCUCGCCCCAUAUGGACCAUACUGGCGUGAAGUCCGCAAGAUGGUCACCAUCAAGCUGCUAUCAAACCGGCGACUUGAGCUGCUCAAGGACAUCCGAGUCCAAGAGGUGGGUUCCUUGGUGCGGGCCUUAUACCACACCUGUGGUGGCGAUCAACCGGUGGACAUGAAGUGGCGUUUCAGCACCUUCAUCGUGAACAUCAUCCUUAGGAUGGUAGCCGGAAAACUGUACGUUUUGGACAGUGAAGAAGGAUACACUGGGGACGCGGGAGAGUUAUGGAAAGUGAUAAGCGAGUUUUUUCAUUUAUUGGGAGUGCUGACAGUUACUGACGCAAUACCAUGGCUGGAGUGGCUCGAUGUGGGUGGUCACCUCAAGGCCAUGAAGAGGGUUCACAAGAAGAUGGACCGAAUUGCCUCGGCCUGGCCGGCAGAACACCAGCGGAAGAAAGUGUCUGCCGGCAGGAUAGAAGCGGAGCGAGAUUUCAUUGAUGUGCUGAUUGAAGAGUUGAAAGACAGUCGCUUGUCUGAAAAGUGCCAAACUGACACCAUAAUCAAAGUCACCAUUAUGGCUGUGGUAUCGGCCGGCACAGACACCAUAUCGGUCACCUUAGAGUGGACAGUCGCCGCUCUCCGCAACAACCGCCAGGCGCUGGAAAAAGCACAACAAGAGUUGGACAGCAACGUAGGCAGGGAAAGACGGGUGGAGGAAUCAGACAUCAAGAACUUGCCAUACUUGCAAGCUAUCCUGAAAGAGUCAAUGCGCCUGUACCCAGCGGCGCCGCUGUUCCUCCCGCAUCAGUCGAUCGAGCCCAUCCAGCUAUGUUUCAUCUUAAUGGAAAUGUAAUCUUGUAUUCUGCACACAUCCAGUGAUAAAAAACAUAAGGUAGAAGCAACAAUAGAAACAGGAACAACAGAUUUACGUGGUUCGGCACUCUCGCCUACGUCCACGGAGGAAGAAGAAGACUGCUAUUUUAUUUUUCUUUCCAUUGUUACAAUCCAAAAGAGAAAGAGGGUUUUUAUACAUGAUGAGUGAGUGAGACGAUAACCAAGAAAGCGGUUAUCGAAUCUUUUUCAAAAUAUAGAGAAGAUUUCUUUCCUUCUCUCUUGAUUAUCCACAAUCACAUUGUAACAGCAGAAUAUAGUUGAUUUGGUGUAUUGGGCAACACCAAUCUUCUUCCACAAAUCUCGCAACAAUCUCCCCCUCAAGUUGGAGGACAGAUAUCAAUCUGUCCCAACUUGUUUACAAUGCUUUGAUGCUUUUCACGUG